AGCCGCGCAGGGGCGGCGAAGCCGGGUCUCCUCUCCUUUGGAUCCAGCUGCGAGGGCUGCACGUCCGGGCGAGAGCAGUGAGCCGGGUCCAAAGGAGAGGCCGCGGUUGGGUAAGGCGCGCAGACCUUGGGAGAGCCUGCGCUUGCACAAGCCGAGGACCCGGCCCCGCGAAGGGGGCGGGGCCCGUGGGGGGAGGGCUGAGGGGAGGCGGGGCCGGCGUGGAGGGACCCCAAGUCUCCUACAGCGCGGCGGUCUCCGGGAGCGCACGGUGGCUGCUGGAGAGGACCUGGACGUCACUGUGUGGCUGGCCACGGUGCACCUGGAGCAGUAUGCAGACACGUUCCGGAAACAUGGCCUGGCUACAGCGGGUGCAGCCCAGGGCCUGGGCGACGAGGAGCUGAGGCAGUUGGGUAUCAGCGCCACCGGGCACCGGAAACGCAUUCUGCGCCUGCUUCGGGCAGGUGCUACAGUGAGCCCCCCACACUCCCAGUCGGACAGUGACAUGGAGCCGUCUCCCAGCCCAACCCCCCCAGCCCAGCCCUCCAAGCCUGUGCCCAAGCCCAGGACAGUGUUUACUGGACUCAGUGGCCCUGCCACCACCCAGAGGCCUGGAUUGAGUCCAGCCCUCUGGAGACCAGAAGUGUCCAGGAACCUGGAGUCCAGCCCAAAGUCCCCCCCUCUACCCACUUCCUCCUCGGAGCAAUCUUCCACCUUGAACACCAUGGAGAUGAUGCCCAACGCCAUCUAUUUCGGCCUGGACAUAAGAGGCGAGGCACAGGCAGCUCAGGACAGGACUCCAGAUGGCUGCCAGACAGCUGCCCCUACCCCUGCUCAUAGGCCUGCAACAGGCACAGUACACAUCAUGGAUCCAGGUUGUUUGUACUAUGGUGUCCAGCCUGUGGGGGUGCCAGGGGACAGAAGAGAGGGCAGAGGCGUCUGUCAGGACAGGGCUGAACACGGGCUCCGGCAGGAACGGGAGGAUGCUGGCUAUGCCAGCCUUGAGCUGCCUGGGGAGUCCAUCCUCUCACUGCCAACACUGGACAUAGAAGAGACCAGUGAUGACCUCAUUUCACCCUAUGCCAGCUUUUCCUCCACAGCAGACCGCCCGACGCCCCUGCUCAGUGGCUGGCUAGACAAACUGUCCCCUCAGGGAAACUAUGUCUUCCAGAGGCGCUUUGUGCAGUUCAAUGGGAGGAGACUGAUGUACUUCGGCAGUGACAAGGACCCCUUCCCCAAGGGGGUGAUCCCCCUGACUGCCAUUGAGAUGACCCGUGGCAGCAAGGACAACAAGUUUCAGGUCAUCACCGGCCAGAGGGUGUUUGUGUUCCGCUCGGAGAGUGAGGCUCAGCGGGACAUGUGGUGCUCCACCCUGCAGUCCUGCCUCAAGGAACAGAGACUCUUGGGCCACCCCCGGCCCCCUCAGCCACCCCGGCCCCUCCGCACAGGCAUGCUGGAGUUGCGUGGACACAAGGCCAAGGUGUUCGCUGCCUUGAGCCCUGGAGAGCUGGCACUGUACAAGAGUGAGCAGGCGUUCUCUCUGGGCAUCGGGAUCUGCUUCAUUGAACUGCAAGGCUGCAGUGUCCGGGAGACCAAGAGUCGCAGCUUUGACCUUCUUACACCACACCGCUGCUUCAGCUUCACAGCCGAGUCUGGGGGGGCUCGGCAGAGCUGGGCGGCCGCUCUGCAGGAAGCAGUAACCGAGACCCUGUCUGACUACGAGGUGGCUGAGAAGAUCUGGUCCAAUCGGGCAAACCGGCACUGUGCAGACUGUGGGGCCUCCCGCCCAGACUGGGCUGCGGUCAACCUGGGGGUGGUCAUCUGCAAGCAGUGUGCAGGUCAGCACCGGGCCCUGGGUUCUGGGAUCUCUAAGGUACAGAGCCUGAAACUGGACACUAGUGUCUGGAGUAAUGAGAUUGUGCAGUUGUUCAUCACCCUAGGAAAUGAUCGUGCCAACCGCUUCUGGGCAGGGGCACUACCCCCAGGGGAGGGCCUGCACCCAGAUGCAGCCCCUGCUCCACGGGGCGAGUUCAUCUCCAAGAAGUACCGGCUGGGUCUCUUCCGGAAGCCCCACCCUCAGUACCCAGAUCACAGCCAGCUUCUCCAGGCACUGUGUGCGGCUGUGGCAGGGCCCAACCUGCUGAAGAACAUGACCCAGCUCCUCUGUGUUGAGGCCACAGAGGGUGAGGAGCUCUGGUCCCCCUCAGCCCUUGAUGGUAGCUUCUCUGGUCUUCUGCCCCCAGACCCCUCCCCUGGUGUGUACAACGAGGUGGUGGUGCCUGCUACUUACAGCGGCUUCCUGUACUGCGGCCCUAUCAGCAGCAAAGCUGGACCCCCACCCUCUCGCAGGGGCCGGGAUGCCCCUCCCCGACUGUGGUGCGUGCUGGGAGCAGCUCUGGAGAUGUUUGCAUCAGAAAACAGCCCUGAACCCCUCAGCCUCAUCCAGCCCCAGGAUGUUGUAUGUUUGGGAGUGAGCCCCCCACCUUCUGACCCAGGUGACCUAGACAGGUUCCCCUUUUCCUUUGAGCUCAUCCUCACGGGAGGAAGGAUCCAGCAUUUUGGCACAGAUGGAGCUGACAGUCUGGAGGCUUGGACCAGUGCCGUGGGCAAGUGGUUCUCCCCACUGAGCUGUCACCAGCUGCUGGGCCCUGGACUGCUGCGGCUGGGUCGCCUAUGGCUGCGGUCCCCCUCCCACACGGCCCUGGCCCCUGGCCUCUGGCUGUCAGGGUUCGGCCUUCUGCGUGGUGACCAUCUCUUUCUAUGCCCGGCGCCGGGCCCUGGCCCCCCAGCCCCUGAAGACAUGGUGCAUCUGCGGCGGCUUCAGGAAAUCAGUGUGGUCUCUGCAGCUGACACCCCAGACAAGAAGGAACAUUUAGUCCUGGUAGAGACAGGAAGGACCCUGUAUCUGCAGGGGGAAGGCCGACUGGACUUCUCAGCAUGGAAUGCAGCCAUUGGGGGUGCGGCUGGCGGGGGUGGCACAGGGCUUCAGGAGCAGCAGAUGAGCAGGGGUGACAUCCCCAUCAUUGUGGACGCCUGCAUCAGUUUUGUCACCCAGCAUGGGCUCCGACUGGAGGGUGUGUAUCGGAAAGGGGGAGCUCGUGCUCGCAGCCUGCGGCUUCUGGCAGAAUUCCGGAGGGAUGCCCGGUCUGUGAAGCUGCGACCCGGGGAGCACUUUGUGGAGGAUGUCACCGACACACUCAAACGUUUCUUCCGUGAACUCGAUGACCCUGUGACCUCUGCACGGCUGCUACCUCGAUGGAGAGAGGCUGCUGAGCUACCCCAGAAGAAUCAGCGCCUAGAGAAGUACAAAGAAGUGAUUGGCAGCCUUCCACGUGUCAAUCGUCGCACAUUGGCCACUCUGAUUGGGCAUCUUUAUCGGGUGCAGAAGUGUGCAGCUCUUAACCAGAUGUGCACAAGAAACCUGGCCCUGCUGUUUGCUCCCAGUGUGUUCCAGACAGAUGGGCGUGGGGAGCAUGAGGUGCGGGUGCUACAGGAGCUCAUCGAUGGCUACAUCUCGGUCUUUGAUAUUGAUUGUGAUCAGGUAGCUCAGAUUGACCUGGAGGUCAGUCUUAUCACCACUUGGAAGGAUGUGCAGCUGUCCCAGGCUGGAGACCUCAUCAUGGAGGUUUACAUAGAGCAGCAGCUUCCAGACAACUGUGUCACCCUGAAGGUAUCUCCAACACUGACUGCUGAAGAGCUGACUAAUCAGGUACUGGAGAUACGGGGCACAGCACCAGGGACAGACCUGUGGGUGACUUUUGAGAUUCGGGAGCAUGGGGAGCUGGAGCGGCCCCUGCACCCCAAGGAAAAGGUUCUAGAGCAGGCCUUACAAUGGUGCCAGCUUCCAGAGCCCUGCUCGGCCUCCUUGCUCUUAAGAAAAGUCUCCAUAGCCCAGGCUGGCUGCCUCUUUACAGGUAUCCGGAGGGAGAGUCCACGAGUGGGGCUGUUACGUUGUCGGGAGGAACCACCACGCUUGCUGGGAAACCGCUUCCAGGAGAGAUUCUUUCUGCUCCGUGGCCGCUGCCUGCUGCUGCUCAAGGAAAAGAAGAGCUCUAAACCUGAGCGGGAGUGGCCCCUAGAAGGUGCCAAGGUCUACCUGGGAGUCCGCAAGAAGUUAAAGCCUCCAACACCAUGGGGCUUCACAUUGAUACUGGAGAAGAUGCACCUCUACCUGUGCUGCACUGAGGAGGACGAGAUGUGGGACUGGACCACCAGCAUCCUAAAGGCCCAGCACGAUGACCAGCAGCCAGUGGUCUUGCGUCGCCGUUCAUCCUCUGACCUGGCCCGUCAGAAAUUUGGCACCAUGCCUUUGCUGCCCAUCCGUGGGGAUGAUAGCGGGGCCUCCCUCCUCUCUGCCAAUCAGACCCUGAGGCGACUUCACAACCGGAGGACCCUGUCCAUGUUUUUUCCGAUGAAGUCACCCCAGGGGUCUGUGGAGGAGCAGGAGGAACUGGAGGAGCCUGUGUAUGAGGAGCCUGUGUAUGAAGAAGUAGGGGCCUUCCCUGAGCUGACCAAGGAUGCUUCCACCUCCUUCACCACAAAGGAGAAGACAACCAGGCCAGAGACCCCCUUUGCCAACCAGGGAUCCUUUGAUCAAACGCUUCUCUCUAAGACAAGCAGCCUGGGCUGGGAGGAAAGGCCACCUGAUCUCCCUCCGGGCCCCCCUUCAAAGAGUAGCUCCCAGGCACAUGGGUCCCUGGAAGAGCAGCUGCUCCAGGAGCUCAACAGCCUCAUCCUGAGAAAGGAAGAACCUGCCAUAGGCCUGGGCAGCCCUUCCCAACCUUCUAGUCCCCAGCCUGCCAGCCCCAAUGGCCUUCCAGCACACACAGCGAGCUUCUCUACCCAGCCUCCGUGUCCUCCCGGCCCACCCUCUAGCCAGCCCCUCACAUGACUCUCCGGCCAACAGUCUCGGGCCAAAUGACCCAAGACCUCACCAUGACAGACACUACUGGGAACUUCCUUGGCUUGGCUGGAAAGGCUCCAGGAUGCAAUGUGGUGCUGUGAAAGGAGCACCGGACUGAGGGCUCCUGAGGCUUUGCCCUACCUGGAGAAGGGCCAGUUGUGGCUCCUCCCUGGGCCUCGGUUCACUUAUCUGUUCCAUGAGGUGACCGAGGUGAGGAGAGCUAUGAAUGCCAAACUGUAUCUCAGAGCCAUCAGACCCACAUAUUUUCCCUCAAUAAGGGCAACUCCUACUUUAUAUAUUUGAUAUAUAGGGGUUCUAUGAGAGACUUGUGGUUUUCAAAGAUUGACUUUAAUGAUGGGGGAGUGCCCAGUGGGCAGAGCAUAGGAUUAGCAAGUGUGAGUGCUGGGUUCUAGCUCUAGUACCACCUGUGCCAGAAGCAGUGUUUUGGCCCCUCUUUCAUUACAUGAAUAAAUAAACCUGUAAAAAAUAAUAAUAAUAAGAGAUUGGUUUUACUAAAGUAAAGAAAAAAAAAAAGACUUGUGAAUCAGAGAUCUGCUCUCCAAGUAGACACACACACAUACCCCAUCCCCAUCUUGUAUGUGGGGACUACAUGGAAGCACUAAGUGUGGAGGUUGACUGGGAUGGGGAGCUGGGGGAAAGAGGAACAGAAGAGGAUGGCCACUGUUAAUAAAUCUUGGAACCCAAA